UGCCCGGAAACAGCGCUGUGAGGAGUGAGGAGUCCCUGUUGAGCUUCCUGUCUUGUAAUCCACUUGUUGCGGAGGAGAGAAGGAGACGAGCUGCGAACAAACUUCAACAGAAGUCGAGCAAUGGCGGAAACAGACGGAAACUAAAAACAGCGGCAGUUAGUGAAAACGUUUACCCAGCGAGAGAGCGCCAUGGUCGGUCUGAGGGGAACCGGGGUUCUCGGAGUGUCCGUGGCCCUGGCGGGAGGAGCCGCCUAUCUUAUCUGGACUUACGCGUCCUCCUCCUCCACCUCCGGGAAGAAGAAGACAGAAACACGACCGAGACAAGAUGGACCCGGUACCGGAGAGGAGAGAGGAGCAGCAGGGGAGGAGACGAAGGAGAGAGGAAAUGAAGAAGGAGAGGAGGAAACUGUGGAGGUCGCAGCCGCGGCUCCUCUUCAAGCUGCUGCAGCUCCAAAAGCACCGGAGUCGAGGCCCGAGGAGUCAGCGGGGACACAGGUGCUGGUUCUGGGUCUGGAUGGAUCCGGUAAGACCAGCCUGCUGCACUGCCUGGCCUCGGGGUCCCUGGAGCAGGACAUGGAGCCGACUCAAGGCUUCAACGCCGUCUCCAUCAACAGAGAAGAUCUGCACAUCGAGUUUUUAGAGAUUGGAGGUAAACAGGACCUGAGACAGUACUGGCAGAGGUACAUGCAUAAGGCUCUCCUGCUGGUCUUCGUGGUGGACUCCUCGUCACCUCAGCUCUUUCCGAUCGCUAAGAAGCAUUUACACGAGCUGCUGGAAGGUCACCCGAGACUUCCUGUGAUGGUGCUGGCUCACAAACAGGACCUUCCAGGAGCCGGCAGCAUCACUGACCUCCACGACCACCUGUCUCUGUCGGAGCUCGGAGACCGACGCUUGUUUCUCAUCGGCACGCACGUCAGGAAGGGAGACGGCGAGCUCAGCUCAGGCGUGCAGGACGCUCGAGACCUCAUCUUCCAGAUGGUUUGUAACGGCAAAUGAAAAACACACACACUGGACUCUGGUACAGAUUGAUGUCACUUCAUCUAGUUUUU